AUGAGUUUUUACACUGUUGUAUUCACAUUUUUGGCUGUUUCUGCCAUUUCUGCUAUCUUCUGGAGAUUUGCCCCGCAAGAAAAUAGAACAGUUUGGAGAAGUACCGUUAUUCUUUCACUAGCCAUGAUGUUCUUAAUGUGGGCUAUUACAUACUUGGCUCAAUUACAUCCAUUAGUUGUACCACGUCGUUCAGAUUUGAGACCUGAAUUUGCAGAUUAA